AAAAUCCUCCUCAUUCACUUAUUAAACAUUUUUUUUCUCCAGUGGCUACCUUUGCCAGCUGUGGCAGGGUAUCGCAUUUUGGUUGCCUUAUACUGUGUCAGCUGGAUAAUCUACAGCAUAAUCUUGGAUAAUACUUGGAAAUGGCUUAUUUUCCUUACAGACUGGACUUUUUUGUGUGUAACGACUUACUUCACUUGCAGUAGUGUGAUAUCUGUUAUAUACUGGAUUCACAUUCGCCACCAACGUGUAAAUGAUUGUUGUACAAGUAGUGAUUGCCUACCAGUGGAGAGGUCAGAUAUCUCUAACAAGGAACAAAUAAGCAACUCCCAAUACACAACACCGAGACAAUCGGCGAGUGACACUAAUGAAAGCAGCUUACUUGAAGAAGAAUAUUAUGAUGCGUUUGAGGAUACUGAAAAUAUUUCACCUGCGGAAAGAACAACUGAAAGUAAUACGGCAAGGCAUUCUAGUCAUGUGUAUGCCUGCUUACAAGGCUUGAACUACCCUCAAAAAUGGUACCAUAAGGUAUCAUGGGCAUUUUACAUCAUAGCCGCCAAUAAUUCUUUGCUUGUUACAGUUGUAUACUGGAGUCUGUUGUACUCAGGGUUUCAUAUUAGAGAAGCAGAUGUUGCUUUUCAUUUGCUAAACUCAGUCUUUAUGCUAAUAGAAACUUGCUUGAGUAGUAUCCCUGUGCAACUUCUCCAUAUCGUAUAUGCAGUGCUGUAUGGAGUUGUGUAUUUUCUUUUUUCAGUGGUCUAUUGGUUGCUUGGUGGGACCACUAAUGGUAAUAAGUACAUUUAUCCAAUCCUUGACUAUGAGAGUAAACCCGCUAAAGCUGCUGUGGUGAUAGUCCUGUAUGGGUUCAUUGGGCUACCUGUGGCUCAGCUGUUGAUAUUUGGCUUGUUUAAACUCAGAUGUUACCUGAAAACUCUACGUAGACAGUGAAAUGCAAUACCAUUUUAGUUUGUUUAUUAUCAUACUCGUGACACAAUUUAUCAUUUACUAGUUGACAACAAUGAAAAAAUAUCCACAGAUACUAGUUUUAUUAGUCAAUUCUUAUAUUGCAAAUAAUUUGAAUAAUAAUGCAUGCUCAUAAUCACCCCAUGUAAACAAAUACAAGACAGUCUUGGAAUCUGGACUUCAGGUACUAGAUUCGGGAUUCUUUGUCAGUGGAAUUUGGAUUCCUGAUUCCUUGAGCUGUAUUCGGGAUUCCAUAGCCAUGCAUGGAUUCCGGAUUCCAGAAGCAACACUUCUGGGCCGAGUUGUUCAAAGCUGGGUUAAGAUAACCCAGGGUUAGUGCGAGAUUUGAAUUCAGAUUUGAAAGCUUAAAAAGCAUUUCAGCUUUAAUUCUUUUUGUCUACAAGUUGAUGAUAGCAAGCUCUAAAAAUAGCACAGAAAAUUAUCCGAGAAAAUGCUUUUGAACAUAAGAAGAAGAAACCCGGGUUAAUUUUAACCCCGGGUUAAGCGCUAAGCGGCCUUCGAACAACUCGGCCCAGUAUUCCAUAUUCCAUGAGCUAAAUUUCCUGGGUUCUGGAAUCCAGAUUCCCUUACAUGGGGCAACAUGCUUAAUAGUUAGAGGGUAUAUAGUAUAGUCGAGGCCGAUAGGGAGCGACUCUGGGUAACAGCAUGAUUAGUAGUGAUAUUUGGCAUAAAUACCGCAAGUGAUAUUUCAAAAUCAUUUUACUUCAUUUCACGAGCCGUUAGGGGAGUGAAAUUUCAGACAAUUUUGAAAUUCCAUGAGUGGUAUUUAUGCGAAAUAUCAUGUACAAAUCAUGCUAUUAUGUGUUUACACUACUACCUGCAAAAGCUUUGUAAUUUUCACAAUAGGUAUUUCAAAUUACGCUGAAAUAGCACUGCUCUAAGCCAAUCAAAUUGCAGAAAUUUUCAUUUAGAAGUGUAAGCAACUUUACCUAUUAUGGAGGAGGUGAGCAUUUAAAAUAGUUUUCAUUUACUCCUCUAGUUUGUUUUUUUUUGUUGUUGUUGUUUAAUUUUUUUUGCUUCUUCCCAUAUUUUAAGUAAAAUCAUGAACCUGUAUUUAGCGGAUACCUCUGUUAUACGGACACCAGCGAAGGUCCCGUGGGUGUCCAAGAAGUUACAAGCAUGAAAACCUCGAAAAACCGUGUUCUUUUCCUCAUUAGCAUAACACUGUAAUUUUUAACACGCAAUUGUUAUGACGUCAAAAUCGUAAUUGUCUAGCAUUGUUAAUUCUGGUUUAAUAUUUUCCCAACGCAUGCAAAUGCUGCGAAAGAGUCAACACUACGUCUCCCCUUGUGCAUCAACCAAGGUAUCAUAAACAUGUGUCGGGAGGAAUUUAGUCUUUCCCAAGUAAAACUGCAGCACCACGACUCCGGAGAUUUUAUUCGAUCACCGGUAAGUUGAAUUUUGGAGUGUUCCACAGCUAGCCCACUCAUAAAUAUUUUCAACGCUAUCUAUGCAUGUAUUUGUUUGGUCUACACUUUACACUGACCUUAGUGUUGCUUCUUUACUUAGGCUUGACCUUAAAGCAGAAAGGUUUAUAUUGCUGUUGACAGUGUCCAUUUCCAGGCUAAAUUAUUGAGACUUCUGCAACAGAGAAGUCCCACUUCACUUUUCAGAUUGUGAGCGAGUCGUUUGACCAUUCAAACGAAACAUCCUUUUAAUACUUCACCUGAUAUAUCUUGCGAAAUCUAUAAAAUCCAAGAUUUGAUUUCUUAAGUAUGCUUUAAUUUUUUCCCUCUUGUGAGUUUCCUAUUUUUAAUCCCGCAAUGCGCUACGGUUGUGUCAAUGUUGUGUUACACAUCGAUUUCUUCCGAAAGUUUACCGUCGAUCACUGCUUAGGCGACGAACAAAUUACGACGAUAUCAGAUGAUAAACAUGCCGAGACAGAGACUUGCUACUGCUUUGUGCUCUUUGACACUUCGCCUAAAAAAAGUUCAGAUAAGUCUUAAAGGAAAAAAAAAAACACAAGGAAAAUCAAAACAGUGCUUGAAACGAACGCAUUUAUUUAGAAAUUGACUGAGGCUAAUUAUGCAAGUUUUUUGAAUAUUCGAAAAAUAUCUACAUAGCUAAGUACUGACUGCCAUAAGAGGAAAAGAAACCUAGCAAAUGAAAAUAGCACUGAAAGAAUCCAGUGCGCACUAAAUAACAUGAUGAUGUUAUAAAAUAGCGCUCAAACCAGUUCGGUUACCCUGCAAAAAUUUACGUGAUCUCUACCGAAGGGGAACAAUAUAGCAGAAAACAACAGUUGCACCAAACAACAAAACGCUUAGAAGAGGUACAAAGAACUAAUCAAACAGAAAAGAUAGAAAACUUCUCAACUUGCCUCACAGGUAAUAUUCAUCUUAAGCAGAAUUUAUUCUAGUUAAUCUUAACCUAACGGAGCUGAAAAACGGAAAAUUGUAACAUAGCUUGGAUAGCGCAAGCGUUUAUGUUACAUCAUUGUGAACGCUGAUUACGUCAACAACCUAAUACCUCGAGUAGUUAUCUUGAAAGCUUUGCAAUCCUCUCAAGUGUCAUCAAGUGCGUAAUAAACCCAAUGUUACACACAACAUGUGUUUUAUAACGUUUUCUAAAGAGAAAAAUGGUUAACACAUGGGAGGGGAGUAGGGUCAUCUGCGCACGCGCGCUAUGGUGUGUCAAUCAUUCUUUUCAGUCUUUUCGUUCAAAAAGCAAAACAACAACAACAACUUCGAUGAAUUAAAAGUUAUCCAUCUCAAUAUAAGUUGCCGGUACGCUUUUUUUUGAAGCCGCGGGCUCAUGAUCUUAACGGGCCACAGUAACCUGACUGCGUACUGCGAAGGGCCUUUCCAGCACAGUCAACUGUGUAAGGGUAGUUUUCUAAAGAAAUUAUCUCUGAUAAAUUCGCGAAGGAGGCAUGGAGACCGUCAUAGGUUUAUUGACUCAGACGCAGUGUAUAACGAUUACUAACUGGUCACAUAACUUGAUUUGUUGCAGUGGUUCCCGGAUGUUGGAGUGACCAUAUAUCGCUGUGUGUUCGCUGGUUAUUGCCUUGGUUGGAUUAUUUACAGUGGCUUUCACCUUAGUAAUGGAGACGAGAAGUGGUUCAUCUAUCUCACUAACUGGAGCUUUGCAUUCCUUACGUUGUAUUUCAUCUUGGCAUUUGUUGUGUGUGUGUUUAACCACAUCAGGGAUACACCGAAUGAAACAGCCCCCGUACAAAUGACAACAGCAAAGAGCGAUGGAAGCAGCGGGAUUAGCAUUGAGGUCGCUAACGACCAAGGCCUAAACUAUGAACAACCAGCCGCGAAAAUGGCGUGGUAUCACAAAGCAUUAUGGGUCAUCUUUAUUAUCGCUGCCAAUGCCGCCAUCUUGGUAACCCUGUUGUACUGGACGCUCAUCUUUACCGGAAAAACCAGUGGGCUGGACAUAUCAACCCAUUUGAUAAACAGCCUUUUUAUCGUAGCAGACGUGAUGCUUAGUGAAACUCCUGUGAGAUUCCUUCACUUUCUUUACGCUUGGAUCUAUGGUGCUUGUUAUGUUCUGAUGACUGUGAUAUUUUGGGCAUCAAAUGGCACUAAUGCUCUUGGCGAUCCCUAUAUAUAUUCGUAUAUAGAUUAUGAUGAGUCUCCGGCACUCUCUAGUGGUAUUGUUGUUGGGUUUGUUUUGUUGGGACAGCCGUUUGUCCAGGCCAUCCUUUUUGGCCUGUUCAAACUGAGAGGGUUUUUGGCUCUAAAAUGUGGCAACAAAAUGUAAAUUCCUUUCAGCCAUAAACUACCACUUAAGUCAUCCUUAUAGCAUACUGUAUAAUCAUUGCAAUGAUUAUUAUAUUUUUCUACUCAGAUCAUUGUUUUACGUUGUCAGAUUCUCUAAGUACAUAUACAAAUGUUUUAGCGUUUAAUUUUUUUAAAUUUCCCUCUUGCACAUUGUCUUACGCCUUCAAGCCUUCAAAACUAUCCCAAAUGAAAAGGUUUUUUAACUUUUUUUAUUUACCGCCUACUUGUAAUUAGAACUUGUAAUUGAUGUUUUAAUUAAAUAACUGGGAAAUAAAGCUGGAGUCGUGUGAGUUAAUAUUUUCAGCGGUUUUAACAUCUGCCCAUGCGUAGUGCGCUCAGCUAAGCAAAUCCAAAAUAGCGUUUUCCAGUUGAGUUCUCUCGCGUCCAUGCACCCACGCCUUUUUCGUACAAAGAUCAAGGGUUGAUUUCCACUGUCUCGCAAUUUUUCCGUGCGAACGAACGUAAAAUUUGCGAGCGUAAAUGAAACAGAGGCGGCAAUGUAUGAAACGCGCAAACGUAGAAGUUGUGCGAGGUUCAGCGUUUACGUAUACGUGUUGGCCCUCCAUACAUUAGAGAGAUUAAGAUUCACAUUUACGUUAAACGUGAAUUUGUACCAUGCACGUGACCAAGUUUUGUCCUUAAUUGUCGUUAACUGUUUAUUACUUCUACUCAAAAAUAAGUAGUUUCACGCCUGUUUUAUACAUAAGAAUGGUUCUCGACAGUUUUUAUCUGCUUCUUUUCUAUUUUGAGAAAUUCUCAGCUUGAAUCUGCCGAUUGCCUUUUGCCGAAAACUUGACUGUUAAUCCCUCUAUUGUCUUCAUGUUACUGACGCGAGUAAAUCUCACGCGCGAAUUCGCGCGCGUACAAUACUCGACAUUGGAAAUCCACCCUUAGAUAGUAAUGAUGUUCGCACUACGCUGGUCAAAUUUUCGACCGAACCGGGAGAGGGAGGGGAAUUUGGCCUCGAUUUUGAUCUAAAUUUUCGUAAUCCCUCCGUGUGAACAGAACACCAGAAACACACACCUUUUAUGAGACGACUUGAACAACGAAGAAAAUCGCCAACAGUUGCGAUGCAAGUUUGUUCAGUUGUUUUUGUUGUUUGUUUGUUUUCACUUUGACAUCUUUGUUAACUUCCUCGUCCUGGUCGUCUUGGAUCGUCUUGGAUCCUGGAUUCCACGGAUUCCAGAUGCCUUAUCAGUGAUACUUGGAUUCCGCAUAUCAAUAGUUAGUGGGAUUCCGGAUUCCUUGAGUUAAAUUACAGAUUCCAAAGCCCAGGAUUCCAGAUUCCAAGAUCUUAGAUUCCGGGAUCCGGAUUACCUUAUAUGGGGCCGCGAAGUUUGCAGAAGGACCGUGGAUCUGCAUUAAACUGAAACGCCCGGUUUCGUCGCGUGUAUCGGGAUUGAAUCCGUAAUAUGAAGUGGGGGAUAUUAAAGUCUCCGAACGAAAAAAGUCGGAUAAUUAGGAUAAUGAAUGCCUGUAAACCGCCAGGUAAUCCAAAUGUGCUUAGGAAUUUGGAAACAUUUAUUGAUCCCCAAAAACCUCUUUAGUUGUAAAACUAAGUAGCCUUUGAUGAAGUUUCCUCCCAGUAUUUUUUCCAUAUGUAAAUAUUUCUUUAGUUUAAAAUUUCAAGUUCAUCUUUUUUGUUUUCCUUUGUAUCAGAAAACUUUCCCAACAAAAGCAUUCAAAAGCUUUAGUACGUUAUUCUUCUCUUUUUUUUCACGAUCGAAUUAAUUAAGUACAAGCUAAUUUGUUUUGUGUGCUGCUGAUAUUAGCACGUGGUACAUCACAAUAAACUCCUCAGGGACUCUAGCCAUUGUCAAGCAAAUCAACAACCUCCUCAAUGCCACAGAAUACAAAUAUAUGCACGAUUUAUGGCUAAUGUUGUACUCAGCGGUGAGUCAAGUUUGAUCGAAGAAUGUGGCGUACAGAACUACAAGAAGUGAAAGAAGAAUUUCAGCUGGUUCAGUUUCGCCUAUUGUACCCUAAUGCAGGGGACUUUGCGGAAACCCCGGUAAGUUGACUUCAUAUAAAUUUAAGCAAUCGGUUGAAAUGUCGCUGGCAUCGGUUUGCUUAUUUGCAUGUAAGUCUCUCCUCUGUCUCUCGUUUAGACGUUUCUCUCAAUCGCUUUCAAAACAAACGCAUUCCUCUUGAGGGAAGAAUUAACAAAGAGCGUGAAAGUUGUACCAAUACAUUAAAUUUUUGAUUUCCCCUUUUCUAUUCAAAGGGGCGGAAAUUUCUAGUUUAAGAAAUUACGAGUCUUGAACCGUGACAACUAAAAGUACAAAUGUUGACCACCUUUCAAUGGUAAAGUAAAGAAUGAUGUAUUUGUCCUAACAACUUCCCAACUAACGAAAUUCGAUACUAACGUAAUCCAGGUGCUUUCAGGAAGAAAGACAUUUGAGAUAAAACGUUUUUUUUAUAAAAACGCCUUGUUCCAGCGUUGAACUUGCCCGUCGAUUACUUCAACUUUCAAUGUAUCUUUGUCGUCGAGUGUUGUUCUAUGCUCUGGGAAGACAGUCACAUUUGUUUAGAUACUCGUUGACUUUUAAUAUCACUUUAAACAGCUCAGUGAAAUGUCGAAAGCAAAAUAAUCCUUCACAUACGAAAUAAUGCCUACUACAUUUCUCUCCUUGCGCCCACAUUGCAUACUGGUAUUUUACUGCGUACAUGUUGGUGUUUGAAACUUUACUCUAAGUCAACCUCAGUUAAUGCCAAUUGUAUUAAGGGCAAAAUUGAUCAAGAAUGUAUGCGUAAAGUUAUCCAAAUAAUAAAUAGAGAAAAGGCAGCCAGUUCAUUUGUUUAUGAUAUAGGAACUUUUCAAGAAACAUGAAAAAACAAAGGCGGAAAUGCGGUUCACCGAAUAAGUGUGCAAUCAUGCAAAAAUGUCACGCGAUUAAAAUAUAUGGCACCCUUUUAAAACUAGAAACAUUUCAAAUAUACUGGACACAUGACAUUUUAUGUUCUUGUUCCAUAGGUCUUAUUCUAAAUAAUUCAGAAACUAUUGGAUUUGGAAACAACAAAUAACUGAGGCUAUGAUUUUAACUUAUAUUUAUUCAAAACUACUGUAACAAUAUAGAUUGACGUGAUUAAUGUUAUGAAUAUUUUAGGAAGUCCAUUUUCGAAUUGUAAAAUCAAGUUUUUUUGGAUUUCACAAUUAAGUAAGCUAUUACACUAGUGUUUUCGUAUUUGAUUUUGUUUUAUCGUAACUGGGAGUGAUUUUUAGUGUUCAAAUUUACGUUUAUAAAGAAAUCAACUCCAGAUUCAUUGUAUCGUCCAGCUCAUUGUUUAAAACCUCUUGAAUAAUUGAUUGCCAUCUGUUGAGGAAAACGAUAAUUUAAAUCUUAUUUUUAAACGUUACUAAACUAACUCGGUCUUUCAAGUUAUCGAGGAAAUUUAGAGUGCUAAAAACAGCCUGCCAUCCCUGUGACUUGCUCAAAAUUGCUAUCCUCCUUUUUCAGUGGUUUGGUGUCCCUGUGAUCCUAGUCUACCGCCUUCUAGUCGCCGUUUACUGCAGUGCUUGGUUAAUUUACAGCGGUUUCCACCCAUCCAACGGACAUGAGAAGUGGUUUAUUUACUUAACCAACUGGAGUUUUCUCUUUGUGACAGUUUACUUUGUUUUUGCCACCUUAAUAACUGCUUUCUAUUACAGAGAAGAAUGUAGACAAGGAGAGUACGAAAUGGGCAGCCCUGAACCGGUUCCUCUAAAGUACCGCACAGCAGGGCUGUCACGUUCAUCAGAUAUAGACUCCCGUGCGGGAAAGUCACGCGAGGAGAUGAAUGCAUCGCGUGACAAAACAGAUGCACGUGAAAAGGUCCAAAGCCAUGAGGAUGUCAAAGUGUCUAUCAAUCCUUUAGAAGUUAUGCAGGAGAUACCCAUGACAAGAUUUCAUGAAGCUUUGUGGGUGAUAUAUAACAUUGCAGCAAAUACUGCGUUACUUAUCACAGUAACAAACAGUGAUUACAAGGGAUAUUCAUACGAUGGCUUAAUCAUCACGACUCAGAUACUGAAUACUGUUUUUAUCCUAACAGAGACCUUGCUUGGGACUGUCCCGGUGCGAUUAUUUCACGUUAUUUAUCCAAUGCUUUUCAGUACUGUAUACGUUAUGGUUACUGUUGUGUAUUGGGCGUGUAAUGGGACAAAUACCUCAGGCAAGCCUUACAUUUACUCUGCCAUUGAUUACAGCGAGAACCCCAGAGGAAGCGUUGGCACUGUCCUAGGAUUCGUUUUUGUUGGUCACCCCUUAGCACAGCUUGUUUUAUUUAUUGUUUUUCGAGUCAGAUAUUGGCUGCGGAGGAAAUUUAGCAAAAAACUCAUUUGGUAA